UAUUAUUAAGAACCGAAAGAAGCGGUUGGAAAUGCAUGGGGAAAUCGUGCCGCGAAUUAGGGCAUCGCAUCGCAAUUGGUGGUAGUGGGGAGAGAUUCAUUGGUUCCCCGCGUCCCCCGACAGAGACCCCCGGCGAUUUGCAAGCGCUCCCUGCGGAGAGGCGAAAGUUUUUUGGAAGAAGAAGGCACAAGCCUGAGCUGUACAGCUGCUCUAUGUAAGCAAGGCUCCCUUGCCCUGCCCAGGACAGGCGGGGCGCUGUCCCUUUAAGGAGGAGGGUGCCUGGCAAGGCGGUGGGUGGCUGUUUUGCGCGCUCUCUCCGGGCCUGAUCAGCCGCCUCCCUUCGCCGGGAUCCGUCGGCCGCUUGGGCUGCCAGCCGUGGGAAGCCGGCGCAGCCCCUCCGCGGCCAUGCUCCGGCUAGGCCGGCCGUGCGCUCUGCACGCGCUCUGCCCCGGCGGGCUGCUGCAGGUCUGCAGCAGGAGCGCCGCCUCCGGGGAAGCGGUAACCAGCAGCCUCCCGAUCGGCCAGGUGCAGCCCAGCCCGGGAGUCGAGAAGCGGGCGCCGCGCAGGACGCACAGGAGGCUCCUGCGGGAAGCGCUGCUGCUCCUGCUGCAGCAGCAGCCGCCAAGCCCCGGGCGCUUCUGGAUCCCGGCCGCCGGGGCUGAUCUGCGCCGCGGAAGAGAGGGCGACCCGUUGCUGCUGCUGCUGACAUAUCCUCUGCCACAGGCAGAAGGGGAGGCGGGCGGCCCCCGUCAGCUGCUCUCCGAGAUCACCCUGUAUGCGGUCGGGGGCAGCGGAAGAGGCAACGGCGGCGGCCUCGGGUCCAGGAAGGUGGGUGAGUCAGCAGCCACCUCGCGCGCUGUGGAUGGUUAAAACGCGGGAGAAACCGUAUUUAAAUAGGAUCCCCCGCAAACGUGGCCAAGAGUUCCACUGAGCACGAGCAGAGUGUCCUUUCCUAGGAUCCAAGACCAGCAGAGGCCUGGUUUAAGGCCUAGGCACAUCUCUCGCUCUCUCUCUGCAGGGCCUUUUCUGCCGUGGCUCCCCAUUUGUGGAAUGCUGUCCCCAGUGAAUGCUCUCACCUGCAGCCUUCACUACAUAUAUUUAGGCGCCUCUAUAACCAGGCCCUCCGGCCUUUUAAAUGUGCUUGUGGGAGCGGGUUAUUGGUUUUGUUUGACCUUAAGUAUUCUGCCAUUUCAUUUUGUCUUUUUAUGCUGUAAAACUGCCUUGUGAACUUUGGAUGAAGGGCGAUAUAUCCAUUCAGUGCCAGAUUUACAUAUAAGCUAAACAAGCUAUAGCUUAGGGCCCCACUCUUGGGGGGACUGCAAAAAAAUUGAAGGAAAAAACUGGAUGUACGUUUCCAAAAUAUAAGAUCAAAUAAAAUAAAACCAACAUACAGCAACAGUGUUUUGUGUUGUGUAGGCUCCUAUGAUGUAAGUAAUGGGCCCUGCCUGCUAGCCUGCUCCCUAAAAUAUCACUGGUUUGCUCAUUUCGAUAUAUAGGGCGCCUACAUUCUGCAUGGACUUUGCAUUCUGCAUGGACUUAUCAACAAUUACUUUGACAAAAUACAUAUUUUGUUAUGUACAAAUGGCUGUAGAUACCUAUUAGGUUCAAAAAUUACCAUAUAGCAUAUAUUCAACACUAAAAACCAGCGACAAUUUGUUGUUGACAAAGGACAGCUGGACAUACAAAGGGCCCCAUUACCUUCAGUAGCUUAGGUCCUCAUCAAACCUAAAUCCGGCCCUGUAUGCAUUUAAUUAAUAAUGAUGACGAUACUAAUAUUUGCAGUACUGUUGCCGGAUUUAGUGGCUGGGAAAUGUAGGCCUGCCCUCUGAUUCAUAAAGGCACUAAGAAUCUACAUAGAAGUACUGCAUAUAUUGUUAACCCAGUCUGUGGGUGGGCGGUCUGUGGACAUUCAGACUGCUACUCCCAUGGUCCCCGGCCAUUGCCCCUUCUGGCUGGGGCUGAUGGGAGUUGGAGUCUAGCAACAUCAGGAAGUCCAGGCAUUGCACAGGCCUCUUGCACAACAUUCCUUAGGGCAUGAGGGAGGCUGAGGCUUGCAGCAGGCCAGGUGCUUAAUAGCAAAACUUUGACUUGCGCUGACAGUUCACCCUGGUGACUGCUCUCUGGUGUACUAGCUCUGUUAUUUCUUCAUAUCCAUCAGAACCAGCACUUGUCUGUCUUAUUUUUAUUAUCUGUAUUACUUGCAUAUUAAUGUUAUUACUUGUAUAUCUCCUGCCUUCCCAUUGCAGAGCAAAGCCUGAGGCGGCUUUCAUCUAACAUGUUAAAAACAGCAUAUGAUGCACUUUUAAAAAAAAAAGGAUCAAGCAAGGCGGUGGUGGCAGCAUUAAAAUACAAAUUUGAUGGUGGUGAUAUCUGAAAACAAUAUCCAGCUGAAGAGCUUGUGAAACAAAUUUUUUUUUUGCAUGGUGACAAAAUGCCAUUGAUGAGGCAAAGUAGAUAUUGUGGGGUGGGGAGGCCCAAAGCCUGAAUGCAACUACUAAUAAUUGAAGUUCCGAAAGUCAUGGGAGCAGAGAAGAGACUUCUCCGGUUGUAUGAGAGGAAGGGAAGAUAUCUCAGCCCUAAAUAGUUAGGGCUUCUGUGCUCUUUGCCUCUCUGUUGCCUAUAUGCCUGUCCUGUUGUAUCAGUCUGUUCUUCUCAUUCAGCUGCUUCCUUUCACUCUGUUGCUCUGCUUCUGUACAGCAUCUGGAAACCAUUGGUGCUAAAAGUUAAAUAACAAUGGCCAGGUGCCAUGUAAAAUUAUGUCAUUGAGCACUGGCUUCAUUAAUCCAGAAUCAUUACAUGGACGUCUGCAGGAUUUUUCUUAAGAGAGGGCCAAAGUAAAAUGCUGAAAGGGGGAGCCAGCUAAUUUCCCACAAAUAAUUAGAGGAAUAGUGUCUGUAUAUUUUGUCGCAUAUUUUAGGUUUUGCAAUGUUAGACACUUACUUUUAAAAUGGGGGGCGGGGAAGGAAUUUGGGGGUUGUGGUUCGUCUAGGGAGGAGGGGCAAUUGCCUGGCUGGUCAUCACUCACCCUUCACCCUAUUUAGUCAUCCAAGAAUCAUUACCUUUUAUUGGUACUUUGACUUGGUAGCUAAUUGGUAGCCAUUGCAGAUCCCUCAGCACCAGCAUUAUGCAUGUAUGGUAGGAGAUGACACUAUGAUGAUGAUGAUGAUGAUAUAUUACUUAUACUCCACCCAUCUGGCUGGGCCUCCCCAGCCACUCUGGGCAGCUCCCAACAUAAUAUUAAAAACACAAUAAAACAUCAAACAAUUAAAUACUUCCCUAAACAGGGCUGCAUUCAGAUGUCUUCUAAAAGUCAGAUAGUUGUUUAUUUCCUUGACAUCUGAUGGGAGGGCGUUCCACAGGGCAGGUGCCACUACCAAGAAGGCCCUCUGCCUGGUUCCCUGUAACCUCACUUCUUGCAGUGAAGGAACUGCCAGAAGGCCCUCGGAGCUGGACCUCAGUGUUUGGGCUGAGCGAUGGGGGUGGAGACACUCCUUCAGGUAUACUGGGCCAAGGCCGUUUAGGGAUUUAAAGUCAGCACCAACACUUUGAAUUGUGCUCGGAAACGUGCUGGCAGCCAAUGAAGAUCUUUCAGGACCGGUGUUAUAUGGUCUCGACUGUGUUGUAGCUGCCACUGAUUUUGUUGUGACUUGGGUUUUUUCUAGAUUUGCAGUGUUAAUCAUAUCACACCUUCCAAAAUGUUUAGCAUGGCAUAGUGAGAGCUGGAAGGCCAGGGGUCAAAUCCACACUCAGCUAUAUGUUCACUGAGUGAUCAGUCACCAACUCUGUCUUGUUUAGCAAAAAGUAUUCAGCACUGAAUUAAACACGGGGAUUGAGAGUUGUAGAGACUUCUGCUGUAAGUUAUCGCACGUGUUGACAUUAGGUCAGUUGUGCAAAAGAGAGUGAUCUUAUUUUUACUUCAUAUGAAAUGUAUUUCUCAGAUUAGUUGUGUGUGUGUGAAGCGCAUGUGCGUGUGUGGCAGUAUGUGAAUCGUGGCCUUAUUUUCAAAAAUAAUCUCACCUAGCACAGCAUCCUUUUGUCACGGGCUGACCAGAUACCUGUGGGAAGCCUGGAAGCUGGACAUGGAUGCAACAGCACUUUGGACACCUGUGAUUCUCAGCAACUGGUAUUCAGAAACAUACUGCCUCCAACACUAGAGGAGGAACACCGUUAACAGGACUAGUAGCUUUUCCUCCAUGUUCAGUCCUCUGUUAAAAACAUCCAAGUUGGUGGCCAUCAGUGCCCCCUCUAGGAGCAAGUUCCAUAGUUUUACUAUGAGCUGCAUGAAUGAAGUGUUUUCUUUUAUGUGGCACGAAUCUUCCAAAAUUCCGCUUGAUUGGAUGUUUGUUCAGUUCUAUCUAGCAUUUUGGGAAAGGAGGGGGAUAUCUAUCCAUUUUCUCCGUGCCAUGUAUAAUUUUAUAAACUUCUAUCAUGUCACAUUUUCUCUAAACCAGGGUUUCCCAAACUUGGGCCUCCAGCUGUUUCUAGACUACAGUUCCCAUCAUUCCUGACAGCUAGGGAUGAUGGGAGUUGUAGUCCAAAAACAGCAGGAGACCCAAGUUUGGGAAAUCCUGCUCUAAACUAACCCUUUCUUCAUUGGGGAGUCGUUCCAUCCCCUUUUUUUCAUUUUGGUUUGCCCUUCUCGGAACCUUUUCCAACCCUGCAGCAUCCUUUUUGAGGAUAUUUCUUAAUUCAUUUUCUGAUGCAUUUGUUUAUAUUUGUUUUGUGCUGGAACGGCUCAGUUUAAAUGUUGCAAUCGAACUUCCUUUUCUAGAGCUGCUCUUAACGAUCCUUGGAAACUUGCCUGGCACGAUAUAUGUAUUUUUCUAGAGCUGAUGACCCUAGCCCUGAACCACCCCUUGUGUUCAUUAUUGACAGAAAUCAAAAGGAGCUGUAAGGCUCAUUGUCCCUCUCAAAUUGCUGGCCUGCUUUUUUCAGCUGGAGGCACUUGAUGCCGUUUUGAGCAGAAGUGUUGGAAGAAGAGUCGCAUAGUGAUGGGGAGCUGAAUCGCUGCCAGUUCCCAUCACUUCAGGUCCUUGACAAAAGUUCCUUUCUCUCCCUAUUUUUUUAGACCACCUACAGGCUUCCAGGCUUUUAUCCAUAUGCCCUUUUCUUGGUUGGGUUGAAACACUUCAUUUGCACCCAUUGUAUGGCCUUUGCCUCUCUUAACAUUUUCUAAUAUUACAAUGGAAGUGUUUUUAGGGGGCAACAUGAGAUUAGCAAAGUUUCAGAUAUUUGGGGGGGGGGGGCAGGGGAAAAUUUUGCAGAGGAAGAAAAAUUAUCCCGUUCAAAUUCACAUUUAAUUUUGGGGGGUAUCAUGAUAGCCGUUUUGCUCAACAUCACAUUUUUAAGCCAGCCCCUUGCCCCAAAACAAAAUAUAAAACUUAGAGGUGCCAACGAAGAAAGAUCAGUCUAGGCUGCUACCCUAUAUCAAGUAAGCCCAUUAAACCGAAUGGGACUCAUCUGUGAGAGGAUGUAUAUGGGAUUCUGCUGUUCGUUGAUUAAUUUUCUUUCUUUUAAAGGAAUAUUACAAUUUUUUCAAUAUAAUACACAAAAGUUGGCAAGCAUUGUUUGGGUGAACUUGAUAUUUCCCUUUUUUUCAUUACAUGUUACGGCAACACACCAAAAUACCAUCCUAUUAAAUCAACCUGUUUUUCAUCCUCAUCUCCGCUAUGUAAAACUGGCUUCUACCAAUUAAAUCAAAAGCUUCAGUUGAUCGACCUAUUAAGAUUAGCUUGCAGGGUAGGCAGCAGAGAUCACGGCACUUUCAGGAGGGCGUAUCUUCUAGGUAUCGUCUAGCAAGUUCAAUGUGCCAAAAUGAUAUACGAAAAAUAGAUGUGGGCAUGGCGGGUUUGCAUUUUGGGUUAGGUGGACACGGCAGGGGUGAACAGAAUAGCAUAGGGCUAACAAAGGACUGGAGAUGGUGAAAGGGAGAGCAACGGCUCAUUUUGAAAAAGAGGCUCUGAGAUCCAGUUUGCCAGAAAUCCACACGCGGAACCAUAAGAAGAGUCUUUCUGAAUCAGACCUAAGAUCCAUCUAGUCCAGGAUCCUGGGACAGGGUUGUAGCUCCCUGGAAGCAUCUGCUUUUUCAUGCAGAAGCUCUCACAUUUAUUAUUUUAUUAUUAUUAUUAUUAAUAUUAUUAUUAUUAUUAAUUUAUACCCAGCCCAUCUGGCUGGGUUGCCCAAGCCACUCUGGGUGGCUCCCGACACAUAAAAACAUAAUAAAACAUCAAACAUUAAUAAUAACAGUCUGAUUCAAUACAAAAAAAGUUCAAACUCAAAGGCUGGGAAUAGUUCUGAAGACAGUACUAUGGACCAAUGGUCUGUCUUGGUGUAAGGCAACUUCCUGUGUUCUUGUUCUCACAGUGGCCAGGCCAACCACAAGUGCCUAUGGGAUGCCCACAAACAGGACUUGAGGGCCACGGGACUUUUCCUACUUAACGACUGGUAAAGUAAAGGUAAAGGGACCCCUGACCAUUAGGUCCAGUCGUGACCGACUCUGGGGUUGCGGCGCUCAUCUCGCUUUACUGGCUGAGGGAGCCGGCGUACAGCUUCCAGGUCAUGUGGCCAGCAUGACUAAGCCAUUUCUGGAGAACCAGAGCAGCACACAGAAACACCGUUUACCUUCCUGCCGGAGCAGUACCUAUUUAUCUACUUGCACUUUGACAUGCUUUCGAACUGCUAGGUUGGCAGGAGCAGGGACCGAGCAACGAGAGCUCACCCCGUCGCGGGGAUUCGAACAGCCGACCUUCUGAUCGGCAAGCCCUAGGCUCUGUGGUUUAACCCAUGGCUUCAAGAAGUUGCAAGAAGGGAGAUUCCAACUAAACAUCACGAAGAACUUUCCAACAGUAAUAGCUGUCCGAUAGUGGAAUGGGCUCCCUCAGAAGGUUGUGGACUCUCCUUCCUUGGGGAUUUUUAAGCAGAGAUUGGGUGGCCAUCUGUCAUGGAUGCUUUAGCUGAGAUUCCUGCAUGGCAGGGGGUUGGACUAGAUGACCCUUGGGUCCCUUCCAACUCUAUAAUUCUAUGGUUCUACUGCCUCCAACAAUGGAGAUGGAGUGCAGCUAUCAUGACGAGUAGCCAUUGAGCUAGUGUUGUCUCUGUUAUCCUUCAUUCAAAGGUGACCUCAACAGCAAGAGAAAUGUAAUCUGUACACGCCCGGGGAGUUGCAAAAUGCCUACCAAAAAGAUGAGGCAUGGUUUGUGGAGAUAAUAUGAGGAGAGGGUGAAGUAAGAGCUCUUUCUUCUGGUUUCCUCCUCCCUCUGGCCUGCCUGCCGGUUAUCCAAACAGCAGCCAACGAGCACACACAGAACAAAGGCCCCAAAACAAAAUGCACAACAUUGUAUUGAUUUUCUUCAAGCUUCGCUCCCUGUUGAGCAAAAGCCAAAUUGUGUCCCAGUCAGGCGCAGCCACAGCCAGUCUCAUUGUCAAAUGGAAAAGCAUUUUCUCUCACUUCAUGCCUCUCCUCGUGACUGUUUUAAGCGUCUGCAAACUAUCCCAGUCUCCUUUGUUUGUGUGUGCUGUUUCCUUUUGUAUUUUUUUUUCCAAUUAUUAUUCCAAAUCAAAACAAGUUAGCCUUUCUCCAGUUCUCUUGGCUAGGGUUUUGUUGCUCACCAAAUGCGUAAGAAGCUUGGGUGCUCAGAAGUGAAAGGGAGGAGGGAACAUGGCCUGCCCACGCAAAGCUGUUGUCGCCUUGCAAGUGAUCCACCAAGCUGAAUAUAGCCCAGAAGCUCACCAAAGACAUUCAUCAAGUGCCUUAGAAGAUAGGAAGCUGCCUUAAAUUCAGCUAGAGCGUGUUGCCGAUAACGCCAAGGUUGCAGGUUUGAUCCCCGUAAGGGACAGCUGCAUAUUCCUGCUGUCACGGUCCGGUUCAUGGGCGAUCGAAGUCCCGGCAGGGGACGUCAGGACCAGGGGCAAGAUGGCGGGGUGGGAGCAGGAAGAGGGGUCCAGAAGCCAGGAGUCAGGAAGUCCGAGGGUCAGAGAGCCGGGAGUCACAAAGUCAAGGGUCCGAGGAUCAAGAAGCAGGGAGUCAAGAAGCUGAGGUUCAAGGAUCAGGAAGCAAGAAGCCAAACACAGCAAGGCAGGAAACAUGUUGCUGUGGCAAAGAGCCGAAGGGAAAUGCUGACCUUAUAUCCCUUCCCAGCUCUUGCCACCAGGUGCUGUGAGUUACCAAUCAGCCACACCUGUGAGGCUGUGCCUUGCCUCUUCAGAACAAACUUAGGAAGGCCCCAGUCCUGCAGAGUCCUGUUGGUCACAAGGCCUGGCUCCUGCACGCACUCCUGACACCUGCAUUGCAAGGGGUUGGACCAGAUGACCCAACUCUAUGAAUCUAUGAGUCAGGCCAUUGGUCAAUCUAGUAGAGGGAACCUCAAGGCUGGGCUGCGGUGGGGUCAAAUGCAACCCUCUAUCUGGCCCUUGGCUCCCCAGGCUGCAUCCCCUCCUCAACCAGACACCCCAUCAGCCCUAUUUCAUACCUUUCCAGAGGGUUUUUUUUUCCUGGCUGGAAAGUGUCCUUGAAUUCUGAUAAUGCUUCUUGAUUGCCUGGGUGGAAGACAUAGGUGUGUGUGUAGAAGCUGGUUACUGUACCACUUUUGCCUCUAGUCUCACCAACCACUGACAUUUGGACCAGUUUGAAAUGUGGCCUCUGUCUGGGGAAAAAAGAUUUUCCCACCCCUCAUCUAUCCCAAAAUAUAUCACGGCCCAAAUACUUCAAAAAGUGCCUCUCCAGUAUGUUCCAGCCUGACCAUUGAGAUCGUCAGAGGGGAACCUUCUUAGGGUGCUAUCAUAUAGUGAUGACGAGACUUCCCAGUUGGCGCCAUCGAUAAUGGCGGAUUCCCUCUGAGUCUCUGAGGGACCAGCUCCGCGGGAUCGGGUCUGACCGCUGCGGCGAAGCGGGGACCCUUUAAAAAUCACAGGCGGGUGAAGCCUGUGAACGUGGGGACUCGGCGGGCACCUUUUGCGCCCCCCCCCAAAACUGCGAAGGGACUUUUUUCUUUUUUUGUUUUUGUUUUGUAGUAUCUUGAAAAUCUUAAUAAAUAUCUUUUUUUUAAAAAAAAAUAUCAUAUAGUGAUGAUGGAGAGCCUUCUCAGUUGUGGCACCCUCCCUGUGGAACUCUCUGCCACUGGAGGUCCAUCAGCUCUCUUCAGUUUCAUCGUGCCAAAGCUAUGCCUCUGCACUCUGGCCUAGAGGCCUUCCUGGCACAUGUCACCAGUUCGUUUCAGGAAAAUUCAGUUUGUAUGGGAUCGUUUAUGUCUUGCUGUUUUAAGGCAGAAGUGUUUCGAUUUUAUUUUGCUCUUCAUGUAUUUGACAGCCUGGGACAUGAGGACCAGGCCACCGUGAUCCAGGACCCUCUGUUUAGUGUGCAGUGGACCUGUAGGGUGAACUGUCAGAAGCCCCUAGAAUGCUGUACAUAACCCAGAGGUGGUGUGGUCCCUGGAGUCCCAGCUGGUUCGCAAAAACAAUCUCCUUGUCAGCCUUUUAAAAAGAGCCCUCUUCUAUCUAUUCAGAAUAAUCUCUUUCCCUGCACAAUUUGGGAGGGUGUGGGAGCGAUCCACUCUGGGCGCUCAAGGUUUACUGCAUUUCCUUUUUUUCCUGGCUCCCAGUGAAUUGUUUCUUCCCGUAUUUCCACCACCUUCUCUCCCAUUAAAAAAGGGGCAGGAUUUGUUCUCUCGGCUCCACUUCUCCGCCCCGCAAAUUCCUUAUGCAAUGGAGAGGCAGGGCCGCCUUGGGAAUUUGCUCAUGUCCUCCCCCUGGAAUCUGGGAGUUCUAAACCUGUUCUUCCAGCAAAACAAACAAACACCCUGAACCUCUAGCGCCAUUUUAAGGCUCACAGAUUUGUAACUGAUUUACGGUAAAUGUUAAGCCUCUAAGGUGCCACAGCAUUUGUUGUUUUCACUGCAGUACUAUAGGACGCAGUACUAACAGAGCUUCCCCUCUGGAAUUUGUUCUCCCAGAUCUGCUUUUAUUAGUUGCAGUCGUUUCACCAGCCUAGCAAAGCAUAUUGUCAGCAAGCAAUUGCCAGCAAUUCCCCAGUGGUCCCUUUCCUGAGUUUUCAGUAUUUUGUUGCAAACGUGCAUAUUGCACAACAUCACGGGAGCUGAAAAUGCUGGUCUUUAUACCGGGAUGAAUUAUUUCAAGUCUCUAAAUAGCUUUCUGCUUGCCUGCAGCAGUACAGUACUCCUAGGAUUGGCACAUGUCAGCAGAGCCAGCUGAAGCUUGAACUGAAAGUUACUAUGCCAUAAUCAAGAUAGAUUCAGAUUCUGUAGCUUAGAAUCAUCGAAUUGCAGCGUUGGAAGGGACCCCAGUGGUCAUCAAGUCCAGCCCCUGCAAAUGCAGGAAUCCUGCCCAUAGCUGUCCCGCGGGCGGGCAGGCGGGCGGGGACUCAAACCACCCUUCUGAUUAACAGCCAGAUGUACUGACUGACGCAUUGUGCCACUGGAGUCUCUCUGAAAUAUGACCCAUGUGCUUCUCACUUGUAAAAGUAGGAAGUUGAAGACUUAGAAAUACUGUGGUUUUCAGUUUGUGAUCGAGUUGCCUUACACAGAGUCAGGUACAUAGAACAAGGGUCUUUAACCUCUCUGUUCAUGCACAGAGGCCUUCCAAAGUUUGGACAGAGGUCUUUCCCAGUGUUGCUACUUAAGAUCCUUUUAAUUGAAGAUUUGGACCUUCUUUUUGCAAAGCACACAUUCUGUGGCCUUGGAGCAUAGGCAAAAAUGUCAGGCCAUUGGUUCAUCUUGCUGGGUUGGAUAGUUCAGAAAUGUAUGUGAAGAAUGUGCUCUUUUCUUCCAAAUGGUGGUCUGCUGCCAUAUUCUUGUGGGUGUUUUACAACACCCCUGGAAAAAAGUCAGGCAUUUCAUAGACCGGUUAUUAGAACUGAAAGAGGGUGAAUUGUUGAAGAACACACAGUGAGUCUGGGCCAAUUCUCUAUGUACUUUAUCCACAAUCAUUUCUUUCUCUCAUUAGAAGCAUGUCACCAUCUCUCAGCUUCAUGUUCCCAGUUGUAGUAUGGGAAUGACCAUCAGUUUUGCAGCAUUAAGAAGACUGUACAGCUACACAUUCACAGUGUGUCCUCCUUGGACAACUGACCAUCUUUCACAGCCUUUUACUCAUUGCAUGUUCACAUCAAAAUACAGUGUGGUACCUAGUUAUGACUAUUUUUCAAAGAGCAUUAUAGUAUCUUUUGAGCAUCAAUAAAUAUGUGUAGUACUCUGCAGUAGGUACCCUUCACUGGGAUAAGAGAGUGGUUGUUCUGAAGCAGCAAGCUAUCAGUAACUUAUAGCAUCUUAUUAUACACAUUGUUUGAAAUCAGAUGUAGUAUAAACAUUGCUUGAAAAGUUCCAUUGGAAAAAAGAAACUACCGUAUUUUUUGCUCUAUAAGACUCACUUUUUCCCUCCUAAAAAGUAAGGGGAAAUGUGUGUGUCUUAUGGAGCAAAUGCAGGCUCCGCAGCUAUCCCAGAAGCCAGAACAGCAAGAGGGAUUGCUGCUUUCACUGCGCAGUGAUCCCUCUUGCUGUUCUGGCUUCUGAGAUUCAGAAUAUUUUUUUCUUGUUUUUCUCCUCCAAAAACUAGGUGCGUCUUGUAGUCUGGUGCGUCUUAUAGAGCGAAAAAUACGGUAGUUCAACUUUAUCCCGUCCAAAAAGGUACUAGUUCAUUUGUCCUUUUACAAAAUAAUUUAGUUCAAGUUCAUAAAAAGUUUAUCCUUGGCAAAACAAAAAGAGUGUUCAGAAUGUUACAAGCUGAAAUAUAGGGUCCAAAUGGAAGCCAGGGAGCACACAUAAGUAGUAAAGUGUCUGACAGACAGAAUGUCAACAGGUGAAGUUUUCCUCAUAAAUGUAUUUCCAUACUAGGUUUACCUUACAGUGGUUACAUAUGCUUCAGGUUACAUACGCUUCAGGUUACAGACUCCGCUAACCCAGAAAUAGUGCUUCAGGUUAAGAACUUUGUUUCAGGAUGAGAACAGAAAUCGUGCUCUGGCGGCGCGGCAGCAGCAGGAGGCCCCAUUAGCUAAACUGGUGCUUCAGGUUAAGAACAGUUUCAGGUUACCGUAUUUUUCGCCCUAUAGGACGCACCGGCCCAUAGGACGCACCUAGUUUUUUUGGGGGGAAAUAAAGGGGAAAAAAUUUACCCCCCCCCCAGCUGCGGAUAUCUGCCCGAAGCGCGGGGCGCUCUGCUUCAGCGCGCCCUGCGCUCCGGGCAAGCAGGCUGCUAUCCGCAGCCUAGGGAGCCCUGUGGGAACUCCCGCGGGCUCCCCAGGCUUGCUGAUAGCUUCCUGAAGCCUGGAGAGUGAGAGGGGUCGGUGCGCACCGAUCCCUCUCGCUCUCCACGCUUCAGCGAAAGCCUGCAUUCGCCCCAUAGGACACACACAGAUUUCCCCUUCAUUUUUGGAGGGGAAAAAGUGUGUCCUGUAGGGUGAAAAAUACGGUAAGUAUGGACCUCUGGAACGAAUUAAGUACUUAACCUGAGGUACCACUGUAUUUGUAAUUUGUGGCAGCCACACAGCUGUUAAAGGCACAAUGCAACAUUUUCUUUGUUGUUGUAGUUCUUCCUACAAGAUACUCCUUUUGGAAGAGAGCAGAUAUUUUCAGCAAGGAAGAUACACGAAAAGCCUCUUUUUCCUUCUAAUUGCUUAGCCAUAUUAAUUGACUAAGCAUCCUUAGAAGCAACAACAGCUCCAUAUCUGCCUGAUAAGCCUUAGAACAUUGUCUCCACACUUUGCUUUCUAACUUUGUCCAAGUGACUUAGCUUUCUUUCCCUUUCUUUUUCUCAAUUUAAAAGAAAGAGUCUGGGCCUCCUUUGCGGGGCUGUGAAGAUGAACUAGAAAUCAUUCCAUGUUCUACCUCCCAGAUUAAUUCACCUGGUAAUUAUGGGAACUACUUUCAGGUGUAGUGCAAUUAAUUUUGUUCAACUGAAGUAGUUCAUUCCAAGCGCUGAAUAGGCAUGAUGAGCAUCACCACUGUAAUUUUUAAAAUUUGUAUACUGCCCUUCAUCCGCAGAUCCCAGGGUGGUUCACAGCAUAAAAAUACAAUAUAAUACAUAUGAACGAUGCAGGUAAGAAAUAGGAAAACUAUGGUGCACACAGACUAUAUUGUAGCAUUUGAACAGAGCACUCUGUGAACUAAACUUUGCACUUUUAUUUUUAGUGAAAUGCUCAAUCACUCUAGAAACAUAUUUUAAUGAGCACCCAUUCCCCCCACUAUACAUAGGAGACUAGUGAAACUGCAGGAAACGACCAUGCAGAUCCUAGCCAGGAGAAUGGAAAGAAACCUAACAAAUCCCAGCAGCUGAAGAAAGUUUUUAAGGAAUAUGGAGCUGUGGGAGUUGUAUUCCAUGUUGGGAUUUCUUUGAUGUCUCUAGGAAUGUUCUAUCUAGCCGUGUCAAGGUAUGUUUUCCAUACUAUUUGUAAUUGGGUUUGGUGUGGCAAGGACUUGAUACAAUGUCACAUAUAACAUGGGAUAAAUAUUUAUGGCUGUUGGAUAUAAAAAUUGAUUUGCUGGAUCAAAGAGAGAUCCAUCCAGUCCAGCAUUUGGUUUCCAACAACAGCCAGCAAGAUCCCUGUAGAAGUUUUUUAGCAUGGAAUUAAGAUGCCCAUUUCUUGUAGUUUGUCCCCAGCAUUCAACAUUCAAGAGACACUCAAGGCUGUGUCCAGCUAACUUUCACCCAGAGUGGAACCACUUAAAUUAAUGAACCUAAGUUAGUUAUGCUCAUUUUCAGUGGGUCUACUCUAAGUAAGACCUUCAUUAGCUAUAACCCACUGCUUUUUGGAUAUUAUGCAUACCCAUUGAUUCCCCUCCCCCAUGCAGAGAAUCUCCAUAUAGUUGUCAUUUUUAAAGCCAUCUAAGCCUCCCUAAGAGGUAGAUUUGUUGAUCAGCCCCUUUACAUGUUCCUCACCUGUAAAGUAUGACUUUGAUCAGGUCUUUGUAAUAGUUGUACUGGCCAACUUGUAUGUGAAGAGAAGCAACUCAGGUAUAAAAUUGUACUUUGAAUACAAAUUGGGUCCAGCUCCUAAGCCACCACUUUGUAGUGCCUCCACUUGAUGGACCUUGGAGUUGAUACGACACAUCUGAAGUCUGCCCAUACUAGAUCUAAACUGAUGCCCAUCAUGAAAUAUUGCAGUAGCAAAAAAACACUUUGGAAAAUCCAUGCUUGUUUUUGUAAUGUUACUAAGCUAAGUUGUGGUUUGUUUUCACCCCCUUUUAGUGGAGUGGACAUGACUGCUAUCCUCUUCAAGUUGGGAUUUGAUGACGCUCUUGUGCAAUCCAAGUUGGCCGCUGGGACGAGUACUUUUGUUUUGGCCUACGCUAUCCACAAACUGUUUGCUCCAGUCCGCAUCAGCAUCACCUUAGUCUCUGUGCCAUUACUUGUGCGAUAUUUUCGGAAGAUAGGUUUCUUCAAACCUCCGACUCCAAAUCCAUGAUUAAAUCACUGGAGGAAAACAAGGCUGCCACCUCAGUUAAUAUAAAAUAUAAAAUGUUUUUAAAUUGCUGCACCCUGGUGGUGCCUGUGCAGAUUCCUGUAAUACCAUCUUUGCAUUGUGUAUUCAUGGUGGAGGGAGGGGAAGUGUUUUUUUCCUGAUAAACUACUUCACAAAUACUGAUUACCUAUGUUUCUUCCUCAAGUCCUGUGCCAGCCCAGAGAGGCAGAUGUUCUAAUAGCAAUUAUAUGGGUACUUCUAGGAAGAUAGGAAACUGCCUUAUUAUAGUAACUUAGGCCAUUGCCCAGUAUUGUCUGUUUGGACCAGCAGUGCCUCUAAGACAGAAGUCUUUUACCUCACUUUCUAGCUGCUUUUAACUGGAGUUGCCAGGGGUUGAUCUUGAAACCUUCUGCAAGAAAAGCAUAUACUGAUACAGUUGAACUUUGGUUCCUCUCCAUAUACAGAUAUCUGUAUAAGCUUUCUGGUAUAAGCUUUGUGGACUAAAACCUCAUCUCAUUAAAUGCAUGACAUAUCCAUAUACAUAUAAACACAUAUGCAUUCACACAUAAAUGCAAAUAGGAGAUGGCAUACAUCUAACAAAGUGGGUUUUAAUCCACAAAUGUGUGUAUAUAUGCAUAUGUGUGUGCACAAACACAUGCAAAGAUGGAAAAUUUAAUACAGGGGUCACCAACCCACGGUCCGGGGGCCAGAUAAGGCCUGAGGGACUCGUUUAUGCAGCCCGCAGGAACCCCCUUCCGGGUCGGAGCAGCACCGGAAAUAGCUUGUGUGCAUGCGCAUGGGCCUCCUCCAACCCGUAUGUGCACCGGAAAUAGCGUUUGUGCACACAUACGGGUGCGCACUCCCCCACCCUCUGUGCAGUCGUCGCUGGAGACACCGGCCCAAGGCAAGGAAAGCUUGGAGACCCCUGAUUUAAGAUGUCUGAGGACUAUAAUUCUAAUAGCAAACUCUAGUGUUUAGUGCCAACAUGAGUGUAGGCUAGAAUGGGCUGCUAGGUAAUGAGGUAUCAUGCCUGGAGGAAUUCCAGGGUUUUCAGAAAUACAAGAAUUUGUAAAAAUCUGAAGGUCAAUAAAACUGGGCCUAGGCAGUAGCCACAUAAUGUUGCCUGUCAACUGAAAAAGACUAGGGUAAGGGGCAGUGGAUCACCCUAUUUAAAGGGAAGGACUGGAAGGAAUGCUGAACUGGUAUACUCUUCAGGUGAACUGACUGUUACCAAUAAUUGUAUUGCCUUCGAUGAUGGGUUUGUUUGCAUUUGUAUCAGGUACUUCUCUUUCUCAGGUGUUCUCCCACUUGACCAAGUCUAAUAUUCUAUAUUGCCAUCACUAGUAAUAGUCAAUGAUAAAUUUAUCCUCCAUCAAUUUGUCACCCUUUUAACAGCCAUCACAUUAUAUGGUAGCAAAAUCCGUGAUUAGUUCUCUGUUGCAUGAGGAACUGCUUUUGUCUGUCCUGGAUAUGCUGCUAAUCUACAGCAGUUGAGGCACUGAAAAGUCAGAUUUGUUGGCAGGCCAUUCUAGUGGACCCAAACACUACAGAAAUCGACCAAGAAUUGCCAUAUUCAUUUGUUGUUUUCCAGGCCCAUAUGAAACAAACCAGACACAGGACCCACAAAUGUUUCAACUCAUACCUUUUAUAAUAGCCUCACACCCUUGCACACGGAUUGUAGGAAUGCCUCAGUGAGAUAUGAAACUUGUUGCUAAUGACAAUUUAAAAAAUCAAAUGCCUUCAUUUCUGCAAUGCAUCUGCCUCUUUAAUAUUUUAAAAUUUAGGCUAAAAAUCAGUUAACAAGUUCAUCCCCAAAUUUAAGUCCUUGCAGAAAUAAAUCCAAAUCACUUCCAAUUACAGUGGUACUUCGAGUUAAGAACUUAAUUCGUUCCAGAGGUCCAUUCUUAACCUGAGGUGUGCUUUUGAUAAUGGGGCCUCCCGCUGGCACACAAUUUUCGUAACUCAAAGUGUCUGUAACCCGAGGUACCACUGUAAAUUUAUGAAACCAUAUUCAAAUAAUCCCAACAAUAAGUUUUAUUAUUUGCGCCACUUAAGUAAAGAUGUUUAACCCUAUAGCUUUAAAGAAGUCUCUCUUCCCCCUCUAAUACGGUUUUAAUAAUCAAGAACACUAGUUCUGUCUUGAUUUUCAAGACUAGUUCAACUAGUAUUUAUUCCACCUGGACAUUUAAGCAGUACAUUCUUCAAGUUACUGUUAAGUCAGGAAUAGGGAAAAUCCACCUUGCAGGCCCAACACUAUUCCCAAUUUGGCAUGAGGCCAAUUUCCCCAAAUGCCCACCUGCCCCACACCUCAUGUGAUGUCAGAUGUGGGAUACGUAGAGAUACAACUGGGUUGACUUACAAGCGAGUUCCUAGUGGAGAAUGCCAGGUGAUUGACAGGUGGAUCAGCCCAUGGGGCUGGGAACCAAUAAGGAUCUGGCCUGUUAGGCCAGAAAGGUUCCCUGCCCUGGCAUAGGCAGAUGUAAAAAAUCCAGAACAGAUUUAAGUAUUCAAAGGCAACUUCAAGUAAGGUAUGCAGAAUCAGUGUCAGAUUGCAUUUUGUAAUGGAUCUUUGCUAGCCAGUAAGCAUAGUUGUAUUAUUGGCAGAUUUGGUACACCAAUCAGAAUGUGUGGGUGCUUAGAAGGACCACUAAACUGACCAUUUUGGUAGCAUAAAGAAGAAGUCUUGUUAUAAAAAUCUUUAUUUAAAACUUAAAGGAAAAGAACAACUAAACAAUACAGUUACACUCAAAGAUGGAUUCCAUUCAUUGCACAUGUGUUUCGGAUGUUAUCUUGUGAGGACAUGCUGCUUCAUAAACUGCUUCAUAUUGCACAAU